AUGUCCGGGCUACGUCGGUUCGCUCAAGCCAAUCAUGCUGCGAUGUCGACUUCAUCCUCGCCACAGGACGAUAUGGUCGCGCCACGCACACCCAUUAAGGGCCUGCAGGAACCGACCACACCCCGUGGCACGAGGAUGGUCUACCCACUCUCGCCUCUCACUAGUCCCUCCAAAUCGGCGUCGCUGCCGUUUGACUGGGAUGCUGUGCGCAACAAGAAACUUCCCCCAUAUGUCGAAACCAUCGCCACCAAGCGGGCCCGACUUCAGAAGAAGGCUGAAGGUUCCGCAAAAUCCACCAAACAAACUCAGAAAGUCGUCAGGAAAAAGAGCUUGCUCGAAAAAAUAAGGUCCAUACCUUCUGAAAUUGCAUUCGAGAUCGCCCUUCUCCCAAACAAUGUUCCAUUGCCGACUGCGAGAAAGGCAGCUUGGAUUUUGGGUGGCAUACUACAUGCGGUGCACUUCAUCAUUCGUGUAUGCCAGAUACGCCAGGUGCCAGACUCGGACAUGGGAUGGGAAGACUUGUACCGUGAAGAUGAGGGGGAAAGCUGGUUCGACUGGACAAUACCAGUGACAACUCUCCUCUUCCUUGCAUCCCUCAUAAAUGCCUUCUACUUUUUCACGCGCACCCGUCUUUACCAGCUUAACAUGGUCACCGACCCCGUCUCCUCGCCACACGCCAAGUUCGUUCGUCGGGAAGGUACGCCCGAGCCGCCUCCCCCACCGACACGGGGCGCGUUCCUCUUGUCCGUUAUCAAAGCCUUUUGGCGUUCCCUCUCGCUGUCCAUGCGGUUCCUUUUGAACAUGAGCCCGCCUAAGGACCGACAGAUCGCGAGUAUGCGCUAUGACCGCGUGCAGCAGCUCGAAGUCUGGACGCCAGCGGAGUUUGAGAUGACACUACUCUCAAUUUACUCGCCUGUCCACGCUUUCUUGUGGAUGGCGCUGACCAGUGCGAACUGGAUCAUCCUGAGCGUCAUCAUGAUCCUUGUUGGCGUGCAGACACGCGCCUUGACUAAGUCAUACGACAUCCUCAUCAAAGAUCGUGCCAUCAUUUCCGCUGAAGUUCUGCAUGAAUACGACGAGAAGUUCGUCUAUCCUCGGAUCAAUCCACUCCGGAAAGAUCAAGCUGUGAUGACUCACCAAGCUGAGAUGGUUCUGUAA